UGCGAGGAGCGGCAAGUCAGCGGGCGGAACAUCGGUCGUCAGGUUGUGUUGAGGUGUAGGAGAAUGUGAAAAGUUUCCAGCCUGCUGGCCGCAGGAAAAGGAGGAGGAGGUGGUGGAGGUGUUGCUGCUGCAAAGGCCGGUUGGAGCAGCAGCGGACUUUGGAUGCGCUGGCGGUUCCAUGGUGUGGAUUGUGCGGGACUGAGUUCUCACUCGUGCACGUGCGGCUCGGCUCGACGGUUGUCAGGGAUUAUGAAAAUGGUGCUGCUACAUAUUUUGUGAUCAAGACGUUAUAAUGAUUUGUGCCUCUGCUUUCCGGAAAAUUGACGGUAACACUGCUUCAAUGUGGGUUGUAGGAUAUGAAGUUUGAGCAACACCAGUGUGAAUUCAGAUUAAUAACCAACAUUCACCUCUGAAACAUUGUGUAGCCCAUCACUGCUUUGAGCUGCUGCUUCACUGCAAGUUUUGAUGAAAAUGAGUGAUGUGCAGUUUUCACAAACUGAACACUGAUGCAAAAAGGAUACAGGAUGCACAACUCUGACUACAAAUCUUGUUGAUUUCAUCCAGGUGUUUUUUUAAUAAUUGGGCGUGGAAGAUGGUAUACCUGAAUAUUCAAACUGCAGCUAUUACGGGUAUCUUAAUUUAAAAAGAAUCAUUCUUCCCAGUUUAUGUACGUUACAUCCCAUCAUUCACUAUACGGUGAUGAACUGGACUUGACUCAUCUCCAAUUAAGAAUGGUUGCUUGGUUUCUGGAUGGAUAUGAAUGAUAAAAAACUAGCACACGAAGAACAGUGUCAUUCCAGUGGUGCUCCAGGGUUCUCAGUGGAAUCUAUUAUAAGUAUGCAGUCUGAUGAUUUAUUUACUAGAAAAUACAAAGUCUUUAAUGGUAACAUGGGACCUCCCAUUCCUUGUGGUACACCCUGCAAAUCAGAUAGCAUUAGUCAGAUUAAUGGAACACCUGCUGUACCAAAGAUGGGCGUCAGGGCAAGAAUCUCCGAGUGGCCUCCAAAGAAAGACUAUCCACAAGAAGGAACAAGUAGUAACUUAAUGUCAUGGGAUAGUAGAUCAUUAGCCAGUUAUGAUACCCUAUCCAUAAUGCGAGCCAGUCAGAAUGGACAGAAUGACCAAUGCAUUGAAGGUCUAGCUGAGGAGACGACGGACAUUACUGAGGACUUGGAUUUUGCAGAGGCUGGAUAUGUUUUUGGAGACCUCUUCAGCAGGUCCCCACAAAGGGGGCUUCACCCAAUAAGGCAGAGAAGCAACAGUGAUGUUACAAUCAGUGACAUAGAUUCUGAAGAUGUUCUCGAUCAGAAUGCUGUAAACCCUAACACGGGUGCUGCUCUUCAUCGUGAGUAUGGAAGCACUUCUUCAAUUGAUUGCCAAGGUAUCACUGGUGACAGUUUCUUUGCGAUGCUUAGAGGGUAUAGAGGUGAAAGCGUAGAACAGAGGAGUCCUGGCCCACUUGGGUUUGAUGAUCUGUUGCGCUCUGACUCUGGAAUAUCUCCCAGCCUGCAAGCAGCGGCUCGCAUUUCACGGGCUGAUUUUGUCAGGAUUUCUGGAUUUGAUUAUAUUGACAGCCCACUUUUCUUUUGUAAAGACAAGGAUAAGUCAUUCAAACGGAGGCUGAAACCUGAAACAAUUGAGGCAUCUCUCUUUAGAAAAUUGAGAACUGCAAAAAGUGAACAUGACGCAUUAAAGUUCUCUUUUGAACAAGAAGAAAACAGAUUGGAGAAAAACAACCAAUUAUGGAUGUGUCAUAAAUGCUUUGCACACUAUGAUGUCCAGAGCAUUCUGUUUAAUGUGAAUGAAGCAAUGGCAAACAGAGCUAAUGUGGGGCAAAGAAAAAAUAUAACUACUGGUGCUUCUGCUGCUUCACAGCAUCCAAUCCCUGGAGGUUACUCUGCAAAUUGUGAAUCACCAACAGGCAGCAAGGAGGAACUGAAUUCGAAGGAAAGCAUGGAUUCUGACGACGGAGACGGAAAAAGCAACAACUUGGCUUUGGCUUGUCCUUACUUCAGGAAUGAGAUUGGAGGAGAAGGGGAGAGACGCAUUGCACUUUCCAGAGCCAACUCCUGUUCGUUUACAUGCAGCGAAAGCUGCUCCUUUGAAUCUUCACUCAGCUCUCAUUGCACUAACGCAGGUGUGUCUGUAUUAGAGGUACCACGAGAAAACCAAGCAGCAGAUCCAGAUGAACUGUACUAUGUGUUGGAAGUGGUGGAGGCAGGUUCAUUGCCUCAUGUAUCCUACUUUUACACAGAGCAUCAGAACUACUUUGGAACUGAUGAAAGCUUGGGACCUGUGGCUGUCAGCAUCCGGAGGGAGAAGCUAGAUGAAUCAAAGGAGAAGGAAGGAUUGCAGUACAACUAUCGUGUAGCAUUCCGGACAAGCGAGCUUUCUACUUUGAGAGGAGCCGUUUUGGAAGAUGCUGUAGCAUCCACUGCUCGACAUGGCACAGCUCGAGGUUUGCCCAUAAAGGAGGUGCUGGAGUAUGUGAUACCUGAAUUAAACAUCCAGUGCCUGAGAGUGGCUUCAACUUCUCCCAAAGUAAUGGAACAGCUGUUGAAACUUGAUGAGCAAGGGCUAAGCUUCCAGCAUAAAGUUGGAGUCCUUUACUGCAAAGCAGGCCAAAGCACUGAGGAAGAGAUGUACAACAAUGAGAUGGGAAGCCCAGUGUUUGAAGAGUUCCUUGAUCUCCUUGGCCACAGGGUGAGACUAAAGGGCUUCGGCAAGUACAGAGCACAGUUGGACAACAAAACUGACUCCACUGGAACUCAUUCUCUCUAUACAACAUAUAAGGAUUAUGAAAUCAUGUUCCAUGUAUCAACGAUGCUUCCAUAUACUCCCAACAACAGACAACAGCUCCUAAGGAAGAGACAUAUAGGAAAUGACAUAGUUACAAUUGUCUUUCAAGAACCAGGAGCACUUCCUUUUACACCCAGAAACAUCCGAUCCCACUUCCAACAUGUGUUUGUCAUUGUCAGAGUUCAUAAUCCAUGUACAGAAAAUGUCUGCUACAGUGUGGCUGUCUCCAGGUCUAAAGAUGUACCACCAUUUGGCCCACCCAUUCCCAAAGGAGUCACGUUUCCCAAAUCUGCAGUAUUCAGGGACUUCCUACUUGCCAAAGUUAUCAAUGCAGAAAAUGCAGCGCACAAAUCUGAGAAGUUCCGGGCAAUGGCCACCAGAACAAGGCAGGAGUAUUUGAAGGAUUUGGCAGAAAACUUUGUAACUACAGCUACAGUUGAUUCUUCUGUGAAAUUCAGCUUCAUUACACUUGGGGCAAAGAAGAAGGAGAAGACAAAACCCCGGAAGGAUGCACAGCUGUACAGCUUUGGAGCCAUGGUGUGGAAUGUUAUUGCUCGGGACUUUGGCCAGUCUAGCGAUAUUGAGUGUCUUCUUGGAAUCUCCAAUGAAUUCAUUGUGCUUGUAGAACAAGACUCCAAAAACGUAGUGUUUAAUUGCUCGUGCAGGGAUGUCAUUGGCUGGACCUCUGGAUUAAUGACUAUAAAGAUCUUUUAUGAAAGAGGAGAAUGCAUUCUGCUGUCUGCUAUGGAAAAUUGUGCAGAUGACAUCAGGGAAAUAGUACAGAGACUUGAGUUAGUGACCAGAGGCUGUGAAACAACAGAAAUGACUCUGAGAAGAAAUGGCCUUGGACAGCUAGGAUUCCAUGUUAACUUUGAAGGUAUUGUGGCAGAUGUUGAGCCAUUUGGCUUUGCAUGGAAAGCUGGCCUGAGGCAAGGGAGUCGACUAGUUGAGAUCUGCAAAGUAGCUGUGGCGACCUUGACCCACGAGCAGAUGAUAGACCUUUUACGAACGUCCGUGACAGUAAAAGUAGUGAUUAUUCAACCACAUGAAGAUGGAGCACCGAGAAGAGGCUGCUCAGAACUGUACAGGAUACCAAUGGUUGAAUACAAAGUGGACAAUGAAGGCACACCUUGCGAGUUCAAAACCCCGUUCAGAAGAAACACCACAUGGCACCGAGUAGCUACUCCUGCAGGGCAACCAGUUUCCCGGUCCUCCCCCAUACAAGGAGCAGCUGAAAGACUACAAUCUCAGCAAAUGUUGCAGCAGGUCCACACAGCUAUCCCUCGCAGUACUUCCUUUGACAGAAAGCUGCCAGAUGGCGUGAGAUCUAUGCAAGAUGUAGAAAAUGCUCAGCUCUCGCAAUCCAAUGUUGGUGAUUCCAGUCAACAUUACAGAAGCUCUCCCAGCAACCAGUCAUCUUCCAGUGAUCCGGGGCCGAGUGGCAGUAGUCAUUGGAGGCAACAAUCUGGAUAUGAUGGGUGCCAAUCACCUGUUCUACAUGAUCACCAAGGUUCCACUAGUGCACUGACAGAGUAUGAUGGGCCAAGAGAAAGAGAUGGGACGUUGGAGAGGACCAGAAGUGUUGAAGCAAGAUGGCAUGUUCCUUCAACAAAAAUGCUGAGCUCCUACAAAGGACUGCAAAGGGAAACUAUGGGCAAAGAGUCCCCAAAUAAAAUUUUACACAUUACAGAUAAUAAUUGUUCAAGCCAUUCCAGCAGUAAUACUCUCUCCAGCAAUGCCUCCAGCAAUAGCGAUGACAAGCAGUUUGGUUCAGGUGACUUAAUGGAUCCAGAAUUACUUGGAUUGACGUACAUUAAAGGGGCCUCCACCGACAGUGGGAUCGACACAAAUCCCUGUAUCCCAGCACCAUUGAUGGCCACUGUUCAUUUGACUGGAAACAGGUCGGCUGUCCAGAGCAGGGCAGAGCAGAUGGUGCAGUGGGGGGAGCACACAGAAGAUGGAGGGCCUGAAGAUGGACAAGCAAAAUCUUAUGCCGUUCACAACUAUGCUGCUGCCAUUUCCGCUGGCCUUGCCACCCAAGGAAGUACUGGUGAUCUAAGCGAGAUCUCAUCACACUCCAGUGGUUCUCAUCAUUCAGGAAGCCCAGCACCUCGUGGUUCUAAAACCAGCGGAUCGCUUGAUGCAUCAAAAGUCUACAUAGUAUCUCAGAACAAUAGUCAACAAAUGCUUGGGUCUUUAUCAGGAUCAUAUCAUUGUCAAGGUCCUGUCAACAAAUACGUUAUUGGCUGGAAGAAGUUAGACAGAAGCCCUACACUUGAGGAGUCUGAGAUGGCUGAUUGUGGAAGGAGGUUGUACGGUGAUGUAACAGAAAUAACUGGUUCCAGUCAACAUCAGGCCUUGGUACAGGAUUUGAGCCCUCUCAGUAAAUCCCAGCAAACCUUCACCAAAGAAGAGUUUCUGAAGCUGAUGCUGCCAGACAGCCCUCCUUUGGAGCAGAGGAGGAGGAAGAUUUCUGUUUCUGCGAACCUGUCACCUAGGAAGUCCUUGUAUCGCACUCUCUCAGAUGAAAGUAUAUGCAGUAACCGCCGAGGAUCUUCAUACAACAGCUCCCGAAGCUCAAUGCUUGAACAAGCACUGCCAAAUGACAUCUUAUUCAGCACCACCCCACCGUAUCACUACACCCUACCCCCACGUGCCUCACUCAGCCCCUCUGCCUCUGGCCUACGAACUGAGUUCUGGUUUUCUGAUGGAUCUCUUGUGGAUAAAUCAAGGUUCACUGAUCCUGGCUUGAUGCCUCUUCCUGAUACCGCUUCUGGCUUAGACUGGUCAAACCUUGUAGAUGCUGCACGAGCUUUUGAAGAUCAGAGGGUGGCCUCCUUCUGCACACUGAACGACAUGCAGUCAGCACAAAGCAUGGAGGGAGCUGAGGAGUUAUCUCUGCAUUUGGGCCAGGCAGACAGGAAGGAUCACCCCAAUGAUACAGGGGGAAAUACUGCAAACACUAUUACCGGGAAAGUGAAUCAGCUGGAGACUAUUCUCAUCCAACUUCAGGAUGAUCUCCGAAAGGAAAAGGAAGACAAGGCGAUGCUCCAGGCUGAAGUUCACCAUCUGCGACAUGAUAACCUGCGGCUUCAAGAAGAGUCACAAACCGCUGCCGCACAGUUACGGAAAUUUACUGAAUGGUUCUUCAACACCAUAGACAAGAAGUCCUGAUGUCCUGAUAAUGAGAACCAUAAUCAAAAGCCCGAGCUGAAAGAUUCAUUAACUCCUAGAAUGUUAUACUAAUCUGUUCAGAAAUAAGUAUAGGUGUUGUAGCUAUAAUUAUAUGUCUGGUUCUGUUCAUUCAAAUACACCACUGACAAGAAUCCAGUUAAACCCAGCGGUUGAACUUGCUAAGGGCCUCACGUAAUGUAAAAUAGAAACUUCAAAUGGUAACUUCAAUGUAAAAGGUGCUCUAUUUUUUGUAAUUAGUUUCUUUCCAUUGUCGCAGUGUUAUAGCAAUAAGACUUUAGUAAUAUCCCGCAGGGCUUUGUUUGGAAUUUAGCACUAGUAUGAUGAAGCUGGUUUAGAUACAAUUACUUUGCUGGAAUAAACAUUAGUGCCUGAAACAAGCAGUGUUCUGAUGUUUAAAGCUACACUUGCCUUUUGAAUGGCUCACUACUAAAUCUACAACUUCACUGAUUUUUGUACAGUUCACUUAAGGCUGUAGGAUCAAUGGUACACCAUUCUAUAAAGAGUGUGUACAUAGUGAGUCGGCAAGUCACUUGUACAAUGCCAAAUUUGUUUAUCUUUGUACAGAAGCUCUAAAUAAAAAGUGUCUUGUAUUUAACAAUUAUUUUAAAUUAUUUAACCUUAAAUUGUUAACUUUAAGUUUUGUUUAUCUGCACUAUGGAAAACCAGUUUGCUGUAAAUUGUGUUGUCUGUAGCUCGUCAGUACAAAGACUGUCAUGGUUUGUAGUAAAUCUAACAUUUGGAUGCUGCUAGUAUAUAAUAUUCCAUGGUUUGUACGCUUUGAGAAAUAUGUUCUUUUUAAACUAUUUCAUUUGAAAUGUUACAUACAGUUGCUUUUUUAAUAAAUGUAGGACAAAGUUAGUUGCUCAA